GGCGCCGCCCGACGUCACUUCCGACCGGAGCCAAGAUGGCGGCGGCGCGGCCGCGGGCGCCGAGGCGAGCGGAGAAGCGGUGGCGGCGGCGUGGACGGCGGCUCUCGGAGCUCUGAGGCGUGGGCGCGGAGGGCGCAGGGCUCAUGUAAUCAAAGAAGUUUCUUUGUUGUGUGUAUCUUUUCAGAACACAAAAGGAAUUGAAAAUGAAUCAGAACGCUACUGAGCCUGGGGUAGCCACUGAGACUCUGGCCCAGGUACCUGAGCAUGUUUUUCGAGGACUUCCGGAGGAAGUGAGGCUUUUCCCAUCUGCUGUUGACAAGACCCGGAUUGGUGUCUGGGCCACUAAACCAAUUUUAAAAGGCAGAAAGUUUGGGCCAUUUGUUGGUGAUAAGAAAAAGAGAUCUCAGGUUAAGAAUAAUGUAUACAUGUGGGAGGUAUAUUAUCCGAACUUGGGUUGGAUGUGCAUUGAUGCCACUGAUCCAGAGAAGGGGAACUGGCUGCGAUACGUGAAUUGGGCUUGCUCCGGUGAAGAGCAAAAUUUAUUUCCGCUGGAAAUCAACAGGGCCAUUUACUAUAAAACUUUAAAGCCAAUCGCGCCGGGCGAGGAGCUCCUGGUCUGGUACAAUGGGGAAGACAACCCCGAGAUAGCAGCUGCGAUUGAGGAAGAGCGAGCCAGCGCCCGGAGCAAGCGGAGCUCCCCGAAAAGCAGGAAAGGGAAGAAAAAAUCACAGGAAAAUAAAAACAAAGCAAACAAAACCGAAGAUACACAGCUGAAGACAAGUGGGCCAGAUUGCACCUCUGCAGCUAUGAGGGAUUCUGUAGGAGAUCCCAGAGAAGAGGACGAGAAGCCUGUGGCUUCAGCGGUUGAGCAGACAGCCGUGCUUCAGGAGGUGGUCAGUCAGGAAGUGCUUCCAGAACUAGUAGACCCUCCCCCUGCCUGUGAGCCACAAACAGAACCAGAGGAGAAGCUAGAAGCAGCACAUGGUGAGAUGAAUGAGGAGGAGGAGGAGGAGGAGGAGGAGGAGGAGGAAGAUGAUGAGCUGGAAGAAGAGGGGGAAGAAGAAGAAGCUGAUGUGCCAAGUGAAAGUUCUACGAAAGAGCCAGAAAUACGGUGUGAUGAGAAGCUAGAGGAUUUAUUAGAAGAACCAAAAAAUACUUCAAAAGAAACUCUUGAAGACUCUCUAGAGGUGAUGCCUGUUCUCAGAAUUCCUAAAACGAAAGAAGAGGCCAAUGGUGAUGUAUUUGAAACAUUUAUGUUUCCGUGUCAGCAUUGUGAAAGGAAGUUUACAACCAAACAGGGACUUGAACGUCACAUGCACAUCCAUAUAUCUACAGUCAACCAUGCUUUCAAAUGCAAGUACUGUGGGAAAGCAUUUGGCACUCAGAUUAACAGGAGGAGGCACGAGCGUCGCCACGAGGCAGGGUUAAAGCGAAAGCCCAGCCUAGCACUACAGCCAUUGGAAGACCCAGCUGAUGGCAAAGUGUCUGGAGACGGUGUCACUCCAAAAGACGACGCAAAUCCUCCCAAUCUUGGGCAAGACUGUCUGAUCUUAAGUUCAGAGAAAGCUUCCCAAGAAAUAGUAAAUUCUUCUGUUGUAGAAGAGAAUGGAGAAGUCAAAGAGCUUCAUCCAUGCAAAUACUGCAAAAAGGUUUUUGGAACUCAUACUAAUAUGAGACGGCAUCAGCGUAGAGUUCACGAACGUCAUCUGAUUCCCAAAGGUGUACGGCGAAAAGGAGGCCUCCUCGAAGAGCCACAGCCUCCGGCAGAGCAGGCCCAACCCGUCCAGAAUGUCUAUGUACCAAGCACAGAACCAGAGGAGGAGGGAGAGGCAGAUGAUGUGUACAUCAUGGAUAUUUCUAGCAAUAUUUCUGAAAACUUAAAUUACUAUAUUGAUGGUAAAAUCCAAACCAGCAGCAGUACUAGUAACUGUGAUGUGAUUGAGAUGGAAUCCAAUUCGGCCGACUUGUAUGGUAUAAAUUGUCUGCUUACUCCAGUUACAGUGGAAAUUACUCAAAAUGUAAAGACUGCACAGGUCCCCAUAACGGAUGACCUUCCUAAAGAGCCUUCCAGCAGCACAAACAUUGAGUCCAAGAAGCGGAGAACUGCUAGUCCGCCUGUGUUGCCCAAAGUUAAAGCUGAAACAGGGUCUGACCCUGUUGCGCCUUCAUGUUCCUUAAGUCUGCCUCUUAGCAUAUCAACCGCAGAGGCAGCAUCUUUCCACAAGGAGAAGAGCGUGUAUUUGUCAUCGAAGCUCAAACAGCUUCUUCAAACCCAGGAUAAACUAACUCCUCCUGCUGGGAUUUCAGCAACUGAAAUACCUAAGUUAGGUCCCAUUUGUGUGUCUGUUCCUGCAUCGAUGCUACCUGUGGCCUCCAGUCGGUUUAAGCGGCGGACCAGCUCUCCUCCCAGCUCUCCACAACACAGUCCUGCCCUUCGAGACUUUGGAAAGCAAAGCGACGGGAAAGCAGUGUGGGCUGAUGCAGUUCUGAGUUCCAAAAAACCCAAAUUAGAAAGUCAUAGCAACUCACCAGUGUGGAGUUUAUCUGGAAGAGAUGAGAGGGAAACCGUGAGCCCACCGAGCUUUGAUGAAUAUAAACUGUCUAAAGAGUGGGCAGCCAGUUCUACUUUUAGCAAUGUGUGCAACCAACAGCCACUGGAUUUAUCCAGCGGUGUCAAACAGAAGGUUGAGGGUACAGGCAGGACUCCAGUCCAGUGGGAAUCUGUAUUAGAUCUCAGUGUGCAUAAAAAGCCUUGCAGUGACUCUGAAGGCAAGGAAUUCAGAGAAAAUCAUUUGGUACCAUCAGCUGGCAGUACUCUUAAGAAAAAGAAACCAACCACCUGCAUGCUACAGAAGGUUCUUCUCAAUGAAUACAACGGCAUCGAUUUACCUACAGAAAACACUCCGGAUGUGACCGGGAGCCCCAGUCCUCGUAAAUCCCAAGUUCCCCAGCCAGAUGCUAGCCUCGGUCCUGACUCUGCUCUCUCUGCCCCCACUGUCGAGUCCCUGCAUGAUGUUCCUCCUUCGUCACCUGCCCUGCAGACAUCUUCCCUUUCUGCGGGGCAGCUGCCUCCUCUCUUGAUCCCGACAAAUGCCUCGUCGCCUCCACCCUGCCCUCCUGUGUUGACUUUAGCCACACCACCCCCUCCGCUCCUCCCUACUAUCCCUCUCCCAGCCCCCUCUUCUGGCACAUCUCCUCACCAGUGCCCCUCUCCACUCUCAAAUGCUACGGCCCAGUCCCCACUGCCAAUUCUCUCCCCCACGGUGUCACCCUCGCCGUCCCCCAUUCCGUCCGUGGAGCCUCUUAUGUCUGCUGCUUCACCUGGGCCUCCAACACUUUCCUCCUCAUCUUCCUCCUCAUCUUCCUCAUCUUCCUUUUCCUCUUCAUCCUCCUCCUCCUCCCCUUCGCCCCCUCCUCUCUCAGCAGUGUCAUCUGUUGUUUCCUCUGGGGAUAAUCUCGAAGCUUCUCUGCCCAUGAUAUCUUUCAAACAGGAGGAAUUAGAGAAUGAAGAGCUGAAACCCAGGGAUGAACCCCAGCCUGCAGUUGAACAGGAUAUUAUUCAGGAAACGUUCAACAAAAACUUUGUCUGUAAUGUCUGUGAAUCACCUUUUCUUUCCAUUAAAGAUCUAACCAAACAUUUAUCUAUUCAUGCUGAAGACUGGCCCUUCAAAUGUGAAUUUUGUGUGCAGCUUUUUAAGGCUAAAACUGACCUAUCAGAACAUCGCUUUUUGCUUCACGGAGUUGGAAAUAUCUUUGUGUGUUCAGUUUGUAAAAAAGAAUUUGCUUUUUUGUGUAAUUUGCAGCAGCACCAGCGAGAUCUCCACCCAGAUAAGGUGUGCACACACCAUGAGUUUGAAAGUGGCACCCUGAGGCCUCAGAACUUUACAGAUCCCAGCAAGGCCCACAUUGAGCAUAUGCAGAGCUUGCCAGAAGAUCCUUUAGAAACGUCCAAGGAAGAAGAGGAAUUAAAUGAUUCCUCUGAAGAGCUUUACACGACCAUAAAAAUAAUGGCUUCAGGAAUUAAGACGAAAGAUCCAGAUGUACGAUUGGGUCUCAAUCAACAUUACCCAAGCUUUAAACCUCCUCCAUUUCAGUACCAUCACAGAAACCCCAUGGGUAUUGGUGUGACCGCCACAAAUUUCACUACACACAAUAUUCCACAGACUUUCACUACUGCCAUUCGCUGCACAAAGUGUGGAAAAGGUGUUGACAAUAUGCCUGAGUUACAUAAACAUAUCCUGGCAUGUGCUUCUGCUAGUGACAAGAAGAGGUAUACCCCUAAGAAAAAUCCAGUCCCCUUGAAGCAAACUGUGCAACCCAAAAAUGGUGUGGUGGUUUUAGAUGCCUCUGGGAAGCAUGCCUUCAGACGGAUAGGACAGCCCAAAAGACUGAACUUUACUGUUGAGCUCAGCAAAAUGUCAUCAAAUAAGCUCAAGUUAAGUGCUUUGAAGAAAAAAAACCAGCUUGUCCAGAAAGCAAUCCUUCAAAAAAACAAAUUGGCAAAGCAGAAGGCUGACUUAAAAAAUGCUUCUGCGUCUUCCUCACAUAUCUGCCCAUACUGUAACAGAGAGUUCACGUACAUCGGAAGCCUGAACAAGCAUGCUGCUUUCAGCUGUCCCAAAAAGCCUCUGUCUCCUUCCAAAAAAAAAGUUUCCUAUUCCUCCAAGAAAGGCGGACACUCAUUACCUGCCAGUAGUGACAGGAACAAUGGUGGUAGCCACCGCAGACGGACAGCGGAUGCAGAGAUUAAAAUGCAAAGCAUGCAGGCUCCCCUGGGCAAGACCAGAGCCCGCAGCUCAGGCCCCACGCAAGUCCCCCUGCCCUCCUCGUCGUUCAGGUCCAAGCAGAAUGUCAAAUUUGUAGCUUCGGUUAAAUCCAAAAAACCAAGCUCCUCUUUGAGGAACUCGAGCCCGAUAAGAAUGGCCAAAAUAACUCAUGCCGAGGGGAAAAAAUCCAAAGCUGUGGCCAAGAAUCAUUCUGCUCAGCUCUCAAGCAAGGCGUCCCGGAGCCUGCAUGUGAGAGUGCAGAAAAGCAGAGCCAUCUUACAAAGCAAAUCUGCUUUGGCCAGUAAGAAAAGAACAGACCGGUUUAAUGUAAAAUCUAGAGAACGGAGUGGGGGACCUGUCACCCGCAGCCUCCAGCUGGCAGCUGCUGCCGACCCAGGUGAAAACAGGAGGGAGGACAGCAGUGGCAAGCAGGAGCUGAAGGACGUCAGGAACUUCCUGUAGAAAAGCCCCCCAAACAAAACAAACCUUAAUUGACUAAAUAAAGAUAUUGCAUGCUCAACUUAGGAUAAGCACUACGGCAAAGGAUACGAAAUCUACCAAGCUUGCAAGACCAGUUGAAGCUGACUCAAAAAUCCUAACACACAGCUGAUUGCCGGCAGGCUUCUUGUUGCCCUGUUAGUCAGGCAUCUGCUUCUUUGCUGGUGCCCAACAUGUGUGCUGGGCUCCGAGUGACUGAAAAGCAAAGAGGAGGGCGCCGUAAGACGGGCUAGAUGACCUGGCUCUCGUCACAGGACUGGUAACUCAGAUGUGAGUGUGACCCCGGGUUUUGGCACAUAGCAGAGAAAGGAAUGAUUUGAACUUAACCUUGCAAAGCAAGUUCUCUGUUUUACCAAGUAGUUUGUUGUAGAUUUCAGGGACGACAAAUUCUGAUGCACUCAUUUUAAAAUGUUUUGGUCACACACCAGCUCUUGAUGCCUUUCUUUUAAGUGAAUUGUAGACGGAGGCAUUUAGCUUCUCUCUUAGCCUGUUUUUUUAUCACAAGCCAGUUGCCAGCAUAAUGGAGAGGAAACCAGAUUGGAUGUGAACUCUUUUUUUAAUGCCUCCUCCUGUAUCAUGUUUAAGUAUCCAAAUGGACAUUGUCCUCUCAGAUUAUUAUCUGGCACUAAUUUAUAACUGUUGUAUUAUCGGAGACUAGUGAUAUACCAGUGCCCAGGAUGCAACACAGGCCUGCAUAGAUGUGUUUGUACGCGUAAGUAUAAAUGAAUACACAUGCCAGGUUUUACACCGCAGUCUCGAACAGAGAUUAAAAACCACAAAUUGGCCUCUUCCUGAGUAGCUAGUAUCAUUUCUCCAUGCAUUAUAUAUGCCUUCCCCCUAAAUAAUGACUGGGUUGGUGGAAAAUGGCUAGGUUUUAUUUGUGUUGUUUUUUUGUUCUCAACUUUAAAAGUAAUCUACCUCUUAAAGUCUGUAGUUUAACACCUGUUUGGUGAGUUUGUGCCACUUUAAUCCUUUCACUACCAUUCCCAUUGUGUUACAUUUCUGUUACGGGGACUUUAUGUUGAAAUGUUGUAUAAAGCAUUUGUAGCAGUUAAAAAUAAAAUAUUUAAAAUUAUUUAAAUUGUUUUGGGCGCUUCAAUUGUAUUAUAUGUGAUUUACAUUUUACAUUUUUGUUUGAGUUGUUAACCUGGAGAGUGUUCUUGUAUUGAAGUUUGCUGUUAGUUAUUUUAUUGUUGUUGGAGAGUGAUAUCAAAGACUAUUCUCAUGAGAACUAUUAAAAUUUACAAUUUGACAUACAAAAGGGGUUGUCCAUUGAUUUUAACCAAUGUAGCCUUGAGAGAGAGAGGGGUUAAUGCUAGACGGACAAGUUGAGAGUGGUGUUUGCUACUUUUCCCUCCUUCCAAUAAAUAAAUCUUUUGAGGUGGUCAGAUGUGUAAAAGGUUUUUUUUAAUGCUGUUGCUAGCAAGCACUUAAUAACUUGGGGGAAUUCAAACGAUUUUAUAUAAUUGUAACCAAUAAAAACACUUUGUAAA